AUGGCUAGCAACGGGGACUUCAGCUUCACCAACGGUGGCGGCAGUGAGGCCACACCGCCGGGGGGGCAGGUCGCCGGAAAGAUCCUCCCGAAGAUCCAGACGCACCCCAAGAGGGAGAACGGCAUCUGCCACGAUGACAGCGCCCCCCCGGUCAAGGCGCAGACGAUCGACCAGCUCCACUCGCUGCAGAAGAAGAAAUCGGCCCCCACGACACCCAUCACGGGCGCCCAGGGGGCCUUCGCCUCUCCCACCCUCUCCGAGGAGGAGCGCCACAAGCAGCAGCUUCAAUCUAUCAGGUUAGCGUCAACUAUCUUCGCUCAUAUCCGCGUCACCAUCACCGGCAAAACUACGUUCCUUUCGUCAUAGUACCACCUAUCCUCACGUUUCGGCCCUCCUUUCCCUUUCCCCUGUCCCUAUCCCGGUCCUCGUCCCUGUCUCUGUCCUUCACGCGAACCCCGCCGGCCCGGCACGAGCCGCCUAUGCCUCGGUCCGAGCUCAUCUUCUCCGAACCAGGAAAUAUCUCACCGCCUGCCUGCCUCUACUGUCCUGCGAUCAGAUUUCUGUCUUUAUCUCUCUCUCUCUCUCCCUCUCUCGCUCGUGGCGGGGUACGUCUAUUAGGACAUGCCUUUCUCGAAGGCUUCGAAGCCCUCAAAAUUCCCAUUAUCAACCUCUCGUCAUCCUACGACUUUAUGAUUUCAGAUGCCAUAUUAUUUCAUCUUUUCAUCUUAUUUCUCGUCUCCAGCGCCUCUUUGGCGUCACUGACCCGCGAUUCGGGUCCCAAGCUGGUGAAGGGCGACCCCAACCGCAAAGGUUCGGACACGCCCAAAGUCGUCCACCACCACCACCACUUCACCCCCACCGUCAGCAUCAGCGACAGCGCCCUCAAGUUCACCCACGUUCUCUACAAUCUCUCCCCCGCUGGUACGAUGUCGUCAUCCUUCCCCUCCUUCCUCUUCUUCCUCUCUGUGCGGUCGCGCUCGGGUGUCUCUGUCGUCUCAGCGGUGUCGCCCUUGGCUCUGCAGAACUGUACGAGCAGGCCAUCAAGCACGAACACGGUUCCUUCAUCACGGCGAGCGGCGCCCUGGCCACUCUCUCCGGUGCCAAGACCGGGCGAUCCCCCAGGGACAAGCGCAUCGUCCGCGACGAGACCACGGAGCACGACCUGUGGUGGGGAAAGUGAGCGUCCCUCCCUCGUCGGCCUCCUCUCUCUCUCUCGUCUCCCGCUUGCCUACGGGGGGGAGCCUGUUAUACGGGCAUGCCUACUCACGAUGCUCCUUCCUUACUGGCCAGGGGCUCACCCAACAUCGAGAUGGACGAGCACACCUUUCUGGUUAACCGGGAGAGGGCGGUCGAUUACUUGAACUCCCUUGACAAGGUACGUCAUAUCUUCUCUUCUGCACUCAACGCUAUUGCUGCGUCUGUGUCUGCUGCCCCCUGUUGUCCUUUUUGGCUGCCGAUUCCUGAUCGGCUCUGUCUGUUGUCCUCAGGUAUUUGUGAAUGAUCAGUUCCUUAACUGGGAUCCAGAGCAUCGGAUCAAAGUCAGGAUUGUCUCUGCAAGGGCAUACCAUUCCCUGUUCAUGCACAACAUGUAAGCAACGCGCGCACCCUUUGUCUCUAGUAGUCAUUUGUCUGGCCGCGAUGGUUCUCUCUUCUUGCCUUCACGCAGAUAAGUCGCGUCUCUUCUGAAUCUCGCAUGCAUUCCCCUGUUGAUUUCUCGCUCCCCCCAUGUAUCUCUGCAUUGCCUUCCUUGUUCUUCUAGCUUCUUUUUUUUCACAGAAGUAGGCCGGAAAUUUCUCCGUGUCAUCUGUGCCCAGAUAGGUGUGUUGUGGACGGAAUAGAGAGCGGCCAGGACAUCUGCACAUUGAAGAGAAAAUAUGUUAUAUCAUGGCAUAGCUUAGUUGUGUGCUCUACGGUAACAAUGUGGGUCGCAGGUGCAUCCGACCCACUCCCGAAGAGCUGGAGGAUUUUGGUACUCCGGACUUCACCAUAUACAACGCUGGGCAGUUCCCCUGUAAUCGUUUCACCCAUUACAUGACGUCAUCGACUAGCAUAGACAUUAAUCUUGCUAGAAGGGAAAUGGUGAUCCUCGGCACGCAGUAUGCUGGGGAGAUGAAGAAGGGCCUGUUCGGCGUGAUGCACUAUCUCAUGCCCAAGAGGGGGAUCCUCUCCUUGCAUUCUGGAUGCAACAUGGGAAAAGAUGGAGAUGUUGCCCUUUUCUUUGGUCUCUCAGGUAAGGUUGGCCUGCCGGGACAGGCGGGCACUCGUCCCCGGCCGCUCUGCUGUCGGGCCCUGCCCUCGCUCGUUUUCUUCUUUUCUAGGCCGCUCGGCGGCCGCCGAUGACCUUUUUGGUCCUUGUCUCGGACCUCGUCGCCCUUCCCCUGUCUUGAUUCCCAGGGUUCUUGAUUUUUGUUCUUAUCAGGCACCGGCAAGACGACUCUGUCCACGGACCAUAAUAGAUUUCUGAUCGGGGACGAUGAACACUGCUGGAGCGACAACGGUGUUUCCAACAUCGAGGGAGGCUGCUAUGCCAAGUGCAUCGACCUGUCGAGGGAGAAGGAGCCCGACAUAUGGAACGCCAUCAAAUUCGGGACUGGUGAGUGUGUUUACUUGGUCAAGAGGAGUCCCACGUUGGGAGUUCCGGUCUCAUGGAUUCUUUGGCCUUCUGCCGUUCAGUUCUGGAGAAUGUGGUGUUCGACGAGCACACUCGCGAGGUGGACUACUCGGAUAAAUCCGUCACCGGUAUGUGGCACCUAUAGAACCUCUCAUCUCUAUCUUGGAAUUCAAGGCGCUUGCAUAUACAUAAUUCCCAAUCUAUUUGUACGCGUAUGCAUGGAGAGCCGACUAUUUUCCUAGGGAGAAGCUGAGACUCACUCGGGCUGCUUGCAGAGAAUACCAGGGCCUCCUAUCCGAUCGAGUACAUCCCCAAUGCAAAGAUACCCUGCGUUGGACCCCAGCCGAAGAACGUCAUUCUUCUGGCGUGCGAUGCGUUCGGCGUUCUCCCCCCCGUUAGCAAGCUGAACUUGGCCCAGACCAUGUACCACUUCAUAAGCGGCUACACAGCACUGGUACGUCCUCGGUUCCGCCUCCAGCCUCCUUCCGCUCUUCUCCAUUUUCGAACGAUAUGAUUCCCCGUCUUAUGACCCCGAUCACCAAUGCUCGAAAAACAGGUGGCCGGCACGGAAGACGGCAUCAAAGAGCCACAGGCCACCUUCUCGGCGUGCUUUGGGGCGGCUUUCAUUAUGCUGCACCCCACCAAGUACGCCGCCAUGCUAGCCGAGAAGAUGCAGAAGCACGGUGCCACAGGAUGGCUCGUCAACACCGGCUGGUCUGGCGGGAGGUACGCUCGGGCACAAUCUCCUCCGCGUUCGCGUUCCCUUCUCUCUGCAGAUGUGUGGGGUGGGGGGGACUGGGGGAAAGGAAGUCAGGCUAAACUGUUGCUUCCGAUAUUUGAUGCAGCUAUGGCUCUGGCAAGCGCAUCAAGCUGCAGUACACCCGGAAGAUUAUCGAUGCCAUCCACUCGGGCAGCCUCCUGGAAGCCGAGUACGUGAAGACGGACGUGUUUGGGCUCGAGAUCCCGACGGAAGUCCCAGGUGUCCCGUCGGAGAUCCUCAGCCCCGUCAACACCGUAAGUUGGCCCUGCCCUCGGUCUUUCCGUCCCCCCGCGGGUGUUAAGCGUCCAAACUGUAUUGAGUGACCCGGUUUUUCGUGCCUCUUCAGUGGGAGGACAAGGAGCUAUAUAAAGAGACUCUGCUGAAGCUGGCCGGGCUGUUCAGGAAGAACUUCGACCUGUUCGCAAGCUACAAGAUUGGCAAGGACGACAAGCUGACAGAGGAGAUCCUGGCAGCCGGACCCAACUUCUGA